UCACCGUUUCCAUCCCCCUCAAAACCCAAAGUUGCAAACUUCUUCUUCUUGUUCCCUGCGCGUGGAAGCUAAUGGCGUCCACGUUCUCUCUAACUAGUCAGUUAUCAAACACGGUCAGACUCAGUGACCGGAAAAAGCAUACCCCUCUAUCAACUUCUCUCUGUAAACUAAACUCCAGUUCGAAUAUUGCUGAUAUGAAGAUAUUAUCUCAGCGUGGUAGUCAAAAAGUUGGACAUGGCCAAAGAUAUUUCCAAUUAUAUGGCUUAUUUGGAGGGAAAAAGGAUAAUAAUGAGAAAAGUGAUGAUGCACCUUCCAAGGCAGGAAUUCUUGGAAAUAUGCAAAAUCUUUAUGAGACUGUAAAGAAGGCACAAAUGGUUGUCCAAGUUGAAGCAGUGCGGGUGCAGAAAGAACUUGCUGUAGCAGAGUUUGAUGGUUAUUGUGAGGGUGAGUUGAUAAAGGUAACACUGUCUGGGAACCAGCAACCUAUACGAACUGAAAUUACUGAGGCAGCUAUGGAAUUGGGACCAGAAAAACUUUCGCUUUUAAUCACUGAGGCAUACAAGGAUGCACACCAGAAGAGUGUCCAGGCCAUGAAGGAAAGGAUGAGUGAUCUUGCACAGAGCUUAGGAAUGCCGCCAGGGCUUAGUGAUGGAUUGAAGUGAUGAAUAUUUUAUUCUAGACUAUGACAUGGGCCUCAAUUUUGCAUACAAAAACAUGGCAGAUAGGCUUAUUUUUUCAUUUACUAUGAUUCUGAAUUUGCAAUCUUGAUAAUUCAGAAAUGUAAUCUUGGAGUUAUUUGAAAUAGUGGUGGACCUUUCUUUUUCCCACAUUUAAUCCUUGUCCUAUUGAUGUUUGAAUGGUAAAAAUUCAGUUCUAUGCGUCCUGUUAUCCUAGUCUUUGUCAAU